GCGAAUUGGGACUAUCUGGCGCGUGUCUCGGUCUGACCCUGGAGCCGCGCGCCACCUCUCUGGACCCCGAAAAGCAAGCGCCAGGUCAGCGCCCGUCCGCCGAUAGACGACCCUCUUCUGUGUUUAUUUUCGCUUUCGUUGUGUAGAACCUUUGGGCAUUGUAGACUCUGUGUGGGACUGUCGUGACGAUGGCCAUCGGCUAGAAUGCGAGGUGCGUUGCUGACGCCCUCCAGCCAACUUUGCGGCCUUACACAAUUCCUAAGCACACGGCCGAGCGCCGUCGAACCGCGCUCCCCAAGCGCUUUCACUUCAAACUCCUCCAGCAUGCUACUGCUGCAAACACAUAGCAACUACGGUUCGUCCUUUACUGAUCUAUUGUGUCCACAAUAUCAAGAAGAUUCCUCGGAGAUCUUAGAAGAAAAUCUAGACCCAUUUCCGGAUGUGGAAUUCCAUGCACCGGCCCCCCCAGAAGUGAAAUCUCAACGCGCCACUCCCGUCAGCGAUACACCGUCGCCUACGUUGGGGCCCGCGCUCCCGAGCUUCGAAGAGACGUACUCCGUGCGCUACCCGAAACAAGAGAUGGCCGAAUUUGGAAUUAAAAUGGACGAAGACUGCUACAACGUCAGCGCAUACUCCCAUCAGGGACAUGCCUCCACGCAGCUCCUGUAUCAAUAUCAUCAACCCUCAAUACCUUACGUACCUACGCCGUACUACGCGCCCCCCCAGCCGUGUAGCCCUACCUUCGACACGGGCGGGGUACCUAACGCUCAAGACUCCUACUCGUUACCACCGUUUCCAAAUUCAGUAGACUUGCAUGUGUCGACAGACCAGGGGGCCCGACAGAGAAGAGCCUCCCUGCCCGUGCAGAGAUCGGAAUCUAGUAGUUCAAACGAUAGCCCUAAGCUUCACGGAAGUAGAAUUCAUUGCAUGCAAGCUUCGGCCCCGAGCUCCGCGUCGAGCUCGCCCGGCGGCGCCCCGCAGGACGUGGUCUCCCGAGCGGCGCCGCCGUCGCCCAGUCAGCUGUGUGCGGUCUGCGGGGACACGGCUGCGUGCCAACACUACGGCGUGAGAACCUGCGAAGGCUGCAAGGGGUUCUUCAAAAGGACUGUCCAAAAAGGAUCCAAAUACGUGUGCCUCGCCGAAAAAUCGUGUCCCGUCGACAAGAGAAGAAGAAACAGAUGUCAAUUUUGCCGUUUUCAAAAGUGUCUCGCCGUGGGUAUGGUGAAGGAGGUGGUCCGGACCGACUCGCUGAAAGGAAGACGAGGAAGGUUGCCGUCGAAGCCCAAGUGUCCACAGGAUUCGCCGCCGAGCCCGCCGAUCUCCCUGAUCACCGCGCUCGUUCGGGCUCACGUCGAUACGUCCCCAGAUUUUUCAAAUCUCGACUACUCGCAGUACAGGGAGCCCAACCCGAUGGAACCUCCGAUGUCGGACUUGGAAGUCAUUCAGCAAUUUUACUCCCUGCUGUCGACGUCCAUCGAUAUGAUAAAGAUAUUCGCCGAGAAAGUGCCGGGCUUCGGCGAGCUGUGUCCCGAGGACCGCGAGCAGCUGUUCGCCUCGGCGCGCCUCGAGCUGUUCGUCCUCCGGCUGGCGUACCGCACGCGCCCGGAGGAUACCAAGCUCACGUUCUGCAACGGCCUCGUUCUGGACAAGAGACAGUGUCAGCGAUCCUUCGGGGACUGGCUGCACGCCGUCCUCGACUUCAGCAACACCCUGCACUCCAUGGACAUCGACAUAUCGACGUUCGCCUGCCUCUGCGCGCUGACUCUCAUAACAGAACGUCACGGACUGAAGGAGCCCCACCGAGUGGAGCAGCUCCAGAUGAAGAUAAUCGGGUGCCUCCGCGCGCACAUGCCGGGCGGUGGCGCGGGCGCGGGGGCGGGCGCGCCGCACUUCAGCCGCGUGCUGGGCGCGCUGCCGGAGCUGCGCUCGCUGUCGGUGCAGGGCCUGCAGCGCAUCUUCUACCUGAAGCUCGAGGAUCUGGUGCCGGCGCCGCCGCUCAUCGAGAACAUGUUCCGCGCCAGCCUGCCCUUCUAACCGCCCGCCCGCGCCCCGCACUUGCACCCCGUGGACCACUCCCGCCUUCGAACCGCAUUCGUCUACUUAGAGCCGACUCUGUUAUUUUUGUAAGCGUAUAAUUAGAGAAUAUUUUAGAGACUAGACCGCGGAACGAUCUCCCCGGCGUCGGUUCGUGGAGCUUCGUUUUUAAAACAAAACUAGUACCCAUAAGUGAAUAUUAUAAUUUAAGGCGUAGUCUCUAGAAUUUUACUGUAAGCUUAAUUUAUUGUAAUGUAAAUUUUUGUGUGAUUAUUUUACUAUAACGGAUGACGUGACGAUCGUCUACUAUAGUAUUUCGCAUUUGAGUUACCGCUCGUGAUUAAAGGCAUCUCGUCGUACAAAUAUUCCUAUAUUAUGUUACGUAACUUUACUCGUGUAUUUUUUAAGAAAAAUCUAGUCACAUGACUUACAAUUGUAAAAAUUUGGCUCGUAAACACCGAAUUUUAUUAUUAAUGACUUAGGCAUUUCGUAUCGUUUGUAAGCAUCGGUAAGGAGCCGCCCGUAAGGAGCGACGUACGAGCGACGUACGAGCGAGUGUCGAAUACUCGCUACGGUCGCCGGACUACGCGCUGACGUAAAAGCGACCGGUGAAAUUAUUAUACAAUAUUAUAUUGUUGAAGUUACCUUUUAGGUUUAAAUUAUUUUAUAUCGAUAUUGAUGCUAGAUCGUUAAAGUGAAUUGUUAAUAUAAAUUAUAUGAUAUUAUAUAAAACAUGAGAUAAGAAGUUCAGCAUCUCCCGUAGUCGUCGACGACCUUAUCUAACGUGUCUUAAAAAGUACCUUCCUAGUGUGUAGACGUUUUUACGAAAAUUUACUAUUUUUAUACAUUUAGACGAAUACAUAUCAAAUUACCAUUUUCCAAAUUUUGCAAAUAAAUGUUAAAAAAUUAUUAUUUAUAUUUUAGAUGUAAGAUUUUAUUUGUACGAUUACAUUUAUUUACUCUUUACGACGUAGGUAGUCCUCGUUCGUAGACUUCUAUGAACGCCUACAAAUCGGCACACCUACGAAAAAAAUAACGAGCACUUUAAUGUUAGGCGUUGUAUCUCCUUGUAGAUAAUCCUCGUCUGUUACAUUUAUUUAUUCGAUGCUGAAUUUCUUAGUCUGUAUGAGCUACGUAUUAAUUAAUUUUAUAGAUUUGUAUGUGAAGUUACUACAAAAUAAUUCUUCACCUUAAACUUUGUGCCGCAUAUUUUUAUCACACCGAAAUUGCCAAAUCAGGUGCCUACCUACUUAGCUUCUCGGCUGCCCGCGCACCGCCUACUCGGAGCACUAUGUGAAUAAUAUUAGACGUAGUGCCGACAUACCCUUACCUUAAAAUAAUAUUGCCUACUGUUGUUCAAACGUUCUUUAUUCCUAUUUGAUGCAUUCCAAUACUCACGAAAAUUAUACUAGUCACGUCUUUUACAUGACAAUCAUCCCAUUUGGGUAUACCCAAAGACUCGAAUAUUAUGCGGUGAAUACCAAACUUUCCUCUUGUAUAACACACUUUACUGAAAAAGUUACAAAAAUAUUGAAAAUUACUUAAUAACAACUAGUAUGACAAAUAAAAAGAAAACAAAAAGAUGUUAAUGUAAGCACUGUAACUUUUGUUAAGAGGUCCUUCUUUACUUUAUGUCUAUGGCACGCUACACACUGCACAGGUAUUUACCGCAUAGUAAUCGAAAAAAUUCAUCUUGUGUGGAAAUGUGUAACUGAAACUCGUCCAUUAUAUCCAUAAGUAGGUAAGCUCUGAAUGUGAUAGGUACGUUGUUCUGUAACGUAGAGAUAGAGAGAUUCGUUUAACGUUUAUUCCUUGCGAAUUUGACUUACGCUGCAUUUCUUUUGUCCAGACAUAGAUUGAUGUGCUUUUGUUAUACUAUGUUAUUAUAUUUUCUUUGUAAAUAUUUUCUCACAAUAAUAAGAACGCUAUUUAGCGUUAAUUAAU